GUAAAUGGAGGAAAAAACUUUGGGCUGAUACAGAUAUAUUCACAUCAAAGACAAUCGAAUCGCUAUGAAUCGAUUAUCAGCGCCAACGUCAAUUUCCGUUAAUAUUCUGGAUCGCCCCAUAGGAGGGAGGGGAAGCCGUUCUACAUCUGAGCAAACUGUCAGCCUCUCCAUGUUUUCUUAUCUUUAUUCGGAAAUUGUCCAGUACCAUCAAAAUCGAGUGGACAGUAUCAGUGAACUUGAACGCAAGCUCGAAGCGACAGGCUACGGCGUUGGUCUCCGAGUUUUGGAGCUGUUGACCUUUCGUACCAAGGACUAUACAAGAGAGACAUCGUUGAUGAACAUGCUGCAAUUCGUCUCUACAACAGCUUGGAAGUCGUUAUUUGGAAAAGCAGCGGAUUCAUUGGAACGGAGUAUUGAUCACGCGGAUGAAUAUAUGAUUGUGGAUUACGCGCCAAUUACAAGUACCUUUGUAAGCGUCCCUGCCGAUUUUGGCGGACUUUCGGUCGAUGCAUACAUAUCGGGCAUGAUUGGCGGAAUGCUGGACGGCGCAGGAUUUCCGGCACGGGUGACCGCUCAUUCCGUCGCGCUGGAAGACGUGGUGCUGCCCCCGCGGAAGGAAAAGGCAGUCUUUCUAGUAAAAUUUGCGGCAUCCGUUUUGGAACGAGACGCGCAUCUCAGCUAA